GAUAGCGCCGCAGGUCCCGGUUUCUGUUUCCGGUGGCAAGGGGCGGGCGCUGGGCCUGUCUGCGCGAGCGGGGGUUGGCUGUGCAACCACUGCCUGAUGCCGCUACACAAGUACCCGCCGCGGAUCUGGGAAGCUCUGAAACUGAAGCAGGGUAUCUAUGCCCGUCUGCCUGCUCAUUAUCUUAAGUCACUACAGGAUAAUACACAGCCCACCCCAGUUCACUGGAAACCCCUUGGGGUGAAAUAUAAAUUAAAUCCAAAAACAGGCCAACGAGAGCGAGUGCAGGAUGUUCCUAUCCCAGUCUACUACCCCCCAGAGUCUCAGCAAGGGCUCUGGGGAGGAGAAGGCUGGAUUUCUGGCUUUCGGUAUGCUGGUAAUGACAAACUCUCAAACAGAUUGAAGAAGACUUGGAAGCCACAGCUUUUUGAGCGGGAGUUGUAUAGUGAGAUCCUUGACAAGAAGUUGACCAUUACAGUCACCAUGAGAACCCUGGACUUGAUUGAUGCAGCCUAUGGAUUGGAUUUCUACAUCCUCAAGACUCCAAAGGUUGAUCUGUGUUCCAAGCUAGGGAUGGAUUUGAAACGAACAAUGCUGCUACGGCUUGCUCGGAGGGACCCUAGCCUGCAUCCAAAUGAUCCAGCAAAGAGAGAGGCUAUCUAUAACAAGUAUCAGGAAUUUGUGAUCCCAGAAGAGGAGGCUGAGUGGGUUGGGCUGAGUUUGGAAGAAGCCGUAGAAAAGCAGCGGCUUCUAGAGAAGAAGGACCCUACUCCUCUUUUUAAAGUGUAUGUGGAAGAGCUGGUCCAGCAGCUCACGGAGCAGUCACUCUCUGAAGCAGCAGAAGUAAAGAAAUUCUAGCAAGGAACAGCUUCCUGUCACAGCCUGGAGUGUGCAGCCUUCCAGGACUAUUGAUUUCAGCAGGCCUCCCUCUGCUCCUGAGUCACUCGUGCGGCAGAGAAAGGUGGGCUGUUGAAGAGUUUGAUCCAGAGUGAUCAUAGCUGCUACUACUCUCUAGCAAUAGUGGCACAAAGUGAAGCCUGAAUUCAGGAAGAAAAUGGCCCCUUUUGGUCAGGGAAGGACUUACCCCCAUCACUUCCUGUCAUGCGCCUGUUAUACUGACCAAAGUGACGCCAUCUGCCUCUGCAAAUAAUUCCCUUUGGGUCUUGAACUGGGAGCUGAUUUAGAUGCUUUGAACUGGAUUCCUGAUGUACAAUGAAAUGUGCUUAUUCAGGGCAUCAAUAAAUAUCUUUGCAUCUGAUAACCCUAA